AUGAAUACUACUAACAAUACUAGCAAUACUAAUAACAACGAAGAUCCAAGUAACAUCUCUCAUAAUGAUUCCAUAUCAAUGUAUACAAAUUUCUUACCACAGAGACUUUCAACUGAUUCAAACUCUUUAAAUUCAUACCUUAAUUUACCUCCACAGCAGCAACACCAACAACAAAAUCCGGACUUAAGUUCAAUAGGAAGAGGCUUCUCCAUCAUAAACUCAAUAUGGCAACCUCAACAACCUUCUACAACGGGAACUACUACUGCAACUGCUCCUACUUCCCUCCCCAUACAGCCAGCGUUAAAUCAACAGAAACCUCAUUUUAAUGUCCCUUCAUUCGGAGAUCAAAAGAGAAAUUCUUUCUUAGCACCUCCACCACCACUAACACAACAGCAGCAACAACAACAACAUCAUCCAGGUACUAUUGUCCCAUCCGAUGAUUUGGAUUUCUUAAGAAAGGACUCAAUUUCAAAUUACUUAAAACCACCUUUAUUACCACAGCAUUCCACAACAAAGGAUGAUUUCGAAACUUUAUUAACUAAAAGAAGGAAAAGUUCUUUAACAAGUAAUGAAAGUAAUAAAAGAUUUAAAUUAGAUGAUCUUGAUACUUCAUCUUUAGAUACUAACGAUAUGAGAAAUUUAUUAGGUUCCACUAAAGUGGAUCAACUAAUGUUAAUGAUUCAAGCAAGACAAAAAGGUAUUACGGAUAGAGUACCAACAAAUUCUAAUGGUGACUUACUCAUAAAUGAACAUUCAAAUAUUCUACCUUCCAAAGAUGAAUUGGUAGGCGGUAUCGAGAAACCUUCUCAUGUAGAUUAUAAUGAUGGUGGCACAGACACUACAUCGCCAACGAAAAGAUCCAUAUCAACACCUUCUACUACUUCUUCUGCAAGACCCAAAAAACACGAAUGUCCAUAUUGUCACAGAUUAUUUUCUCAAUCAACUCAUUUAGAAGUCCAUAUAAGAUCCCAUAUUGGUUAUAAACCUUUCCAAUGUCAAUUUUGUGGUAAAAAAUUCACUCAAGGUGGUAAUUUAAGAACUCAUCAAAGAUUGCAUACGGGUGAAAAACCAUAUCAAUGUGAAAGUUGCGGUAGAAGAUUUUCAAGAAAAGGUAACUUAGCAGCCCACAUACUAACUCAUAAAAAUUUAAAACCAUUCGUUUGUAAAUUAGAUAAUUGUGACAAAAGUUUUACUCAAUUGGGUAACAUGAAAGCUCAUCAAAAUAGGUUCCAUUUAAACACUUUAAUCGAAUUAACAAAUAAAUUAGCAACAUACGAAACAAAUUUAACUGAUAUUCCGGAACAAGAUAAAGAUCUAUUGAAUUAUUUCGCUUCAAUUUAUAAAAAUUCAAAUAAAGGUAUAAAGGGAAGGGGUAAAGGUUCUUCAAAGAUAAACCCUCAUUAA